AUGAUGAAAGUAAUAAGUAGAAUGUCUUCAUUGAUUCUAAAGAAAUCAGAUGAUAUGAUUCUUUUUGCUCAUGAUAAUCCAGUUAAAUUAGGCGAGACAUUAAAGUUUGGAAAUUCAUUUGGAGUAGUCAUGUCCAUUUUUGAAAGGAAUCAAUUAGCAUUAUUAUUACAACCAUCAGAAGUAUUAGAACCUAUUCAACAUGUCGAUUCAUUAAAGGCUUAUCCCUAAAAUGAUAUUUGUACGAUAGCAGACAUAAAGGAAUCAAAUGAAAAUACAACAGAUGGCAAAAAAUUACCAAAAAGAGUCCUUCCAUAGAAUUAAAUUUUAACACAUAAUGUGUAUAUCGAUCUCUUUCAUCCGAUUACGUAUGGGCAAAUGCUUAUCAUUAAAGAUAAAGAGCUUCUAAAAAAGUUGAACUCUUUCGAUUAGAUUAUCUAUUAUGGGAAAUCUCCAAUCCAGACAACCACUUGGUUUAAACAUGCAGAAAAUUAAGGAUCUAAUUAUUUUUUACCAAAAUACGCAUUAUAAUAUGCCAAAUAAGUUGCAAAGUCUAAUAAAACGUUAUUAGUUAUGGAUCAAAUUUAUGAUCAUUUUGUUGCACACUAAAAAUUAUAAGAGACAAUUCAGUCUUAUGUUUACGAGAGAACCACCAAAACUGUGUACUUGUCAAAUCUUUUAAAAGAACUUUCGGACUCAUGUGGCUAUAGACCUGGACAUAGUAAUCUUACUGUCGCUGUUUUACAAAAAGAUUCUUGUGAAGACUUGUUAAAUGAUGAAUUAGAGAAAGAAUUAGAAUCAUUGCAAUCACAUACUCCUUCAGCAACUUUAGCCAAACCAAGUCCAUUCAGUUUGUAAAUUCAAAGUCCUUUGUAUUAUCAUCUCGCAUAAGAAUUGUAUGAGAUUCUAGCAUAACACAAUGAAAAAAAGGCUGAAUACUUAUAAAAGCAAUAGUUAAAGAUUCAUAUUGAUCCUUGGGACUUUUAUUAAUAUUUUGAUUGCAAACCAAUUGUGUAAAUGAUCAACUUAUUCAACCAGUAGAAUAGUCAAGAACAUGAGUUAACAAUCUUAGUAGAUUUCUCAGUUAAAGCAUUCAAAGAUGAGUUAAUCUGUCAACUCAAAGGUUCUCCCAAGGAAAUUUUGAAUGACCUUCUUGCCUUUUCUUCUACAAUCAAGGAGUUUGAUGGAAAGACUUUUGCAGAAUUUUAUUACGAAAAAAAAAAUGAAUUAGAUAGUAAUUAAUUUAAGAAUGCAAUUAUUGAAUGCUUAGGAAGGUUUUAUGAAUUAUACAUGAUUCAUUUAAGAAUGACAGAUUAAUUGUUAUAAUACAAAAAGGAUUACAUUUGA